AAUAACUAUGGCUGCGUUCGGUGUAAGAUUUGAAAGUGCUACGGAUAUCGAAGACCGAAAAGAACAGACCCGACUUGCCAGGGUUGAAGUGUUACGCCAGGCUAAAAGUAAUUUCAAAAAAGAACAAAGGUGCAAGGAACUUAAGCAACUUCGAGGUGAAGAUACAUGGAUGUUACCUGAUGUGAAUGAGCGAAUUGAACAGUUUUCACAGGAACACUCUGUGAAGAAAAAGAAGAAAAAGGAAAAGCAUUCAAAAAGAGUGAAGAAAGAGAAAAAAAAGAAGAGCAAGAAGCAGAAACGUGAAGAAAAGAGUGAGUCAACUGACAGUUCCUCAAGCUCUGAAGAGUGGGUUGAGGCUGUUCCCUCCCAGAUACCUGGCAAAGAAAAGACCUGGAAAGUGAAAGACAAAAGUCUAGAAAAAGAAUGUGACAGCCAUGCUAUGCAGCGGGAUGAGUGGAUGACUGUUGAUUUUAUGUCUGUUAAAACUGUGUCUUCAUCAUCACUCAAAGCGGAAAAGGAAACUCUAAGGAAAAUAGAGCAGGAGAAAGCCCAAGCACUAGAGCAGUCCAAACUGCUUGAAAGAGAAUUGAAUCCAUACUGGAAGGAUGGUGGGACAGGUCUCCCAUCAGAAAAUUGUAUACUGGCGGUUACUAAAGCUUCAGGAGUAGAGGAUGGUGGAUUAAGCUGGCUAAGAAAGUCUUAUCAAAGAAUGAAAGAACAAGCUCAAAGAGAAAACAGAAAUUUUGUGGAUAUUGUAGCUGAAAAAUAUGGAUCAAUGGAAAUAUUCCAGUCAAAAUUAAAAGAAGCUGAAAAAAUUGCAUGCAAAAGAGAAGAUUAUGGACGGGAAAGGUGGAGGAAGCCUGCAUAUUCAGAUAGUAAGCAGUCUAGUCAAACAAGUAGCAUUUCAGACUUAGUGAAAUGUAAGAAGGACUCAAAGGACAGACACUUUGCUACAGAGGUUGCAAAGAGGAGCAUUGGCGACUGUGAGUUUAGUGGCCCUGACACAAGGAACCAGUCUGGAUCUUUAGAAACUUGUAUAAGAGAAUCUGCCCUAAGACAAAGGGAAGAAUCUUCUGGAAAUUUGAGACCUAAAUUCUUAAGACCCUCUGAUGAGGAUGAACUGUCGCUUCACAACAAGAGGAGAAAUUUUGAGCCGUCUACUUCAUCUUCUACAUUAGUGGCUCAGGCUUCUUUGCAUUGUGAUUUUCAAAAACCCACAGAGAACAGUGAAGAAAAUUUGACUUCCUGGAGCCUGUGUGGUAGGCAAGGAGGAUACCGAAAGCAUUCAGAUCAAAAGCCACUGGAAACCUGGAGCCACAGUGCUGAUCAGCACUCUCCAGGAGACAGGAGAGAACAGUUGCAGGCUGAGAGCUUGAGGGGUGACCCACCAAGAAGAGGACAUCUGCAGAACAUAAAGGCAGCAUUUUCUGGUCCAGAGGCAGAGUCCACCUGUAUCUUGAACGUUGAUGAAAAGAACAAGUUGGGGGCCAAGAUUAUCAAGGCAGAGAUGAUGGGAAAUAUGGAAUUAGCUGAACAACUUAAAGCCCAACUUAAAGAGGCAAAUAAAUUUAAAGAAACCAUAGCACAGAUAUCAGCACAAAGAUCGAGAAUAAAGCAAGAAGAUGAAGAAGUGAUCCUUACUAGAACAGAUGAGUCUGGAAGAGUGUGGCCUGUGAACACCCCUGGAGGGACCCUGGAUAUGAAAGCGAGAAGAAGAAAGAGACAAGGAGUUUCAACCCAUGAGGAUAAAGAAAGGAUCCGAUACUUUCCUGAUGAUGAUCAUCUGAGUCUCAAAGAUUUAGUAAAAAAUGAGAAGAUGGGAACAGAUAUUGAUCAAAACAGACUCUUCAUGAGAAUGGCAUCUAAGUUCAUGGGAAAACCAGAUGGAGACUAUUAUACUCUGGAUGACAUGUUUGUCUCCAAAGCAGCUGAAAAAGAGCAUUUUGGGGAAAGAGAAGAAAGCCAGAGGAGGAAAGCGAUUGCCGAACACCAGAGUCUUACUGCACAGAUGGCCAGAUGUCUGUACUGUUUUGAUAGUUCUCAGUUUCCCAAGCAUCUCAUUGUUGCCAUUGGUGUGAAGGUUUAUUUAUGUUUACCCAAUUUCCGGUCUCUUACUGAGGGCCACUGCCUCAUAGUCCCUCUGCAGCAUCUUCAAGCAGCUACAAUGUUGGAUGAAGAUAUCUGGGAGGAGAUUCAGAUGUUUAGGAAAUCAUUGGUAAAGAUGUUUGAAGAAAAAGGAUUGGAUUGUAUCUUUUUAGAGACUAACAUGGGCAUGAAGAAGCAGUAUCAUAUGGUUUAUGAGUGUAUCCCUCUCCCAAGGGAAAUGGGUGAUAUGGCUCCCAUCUAUUUUAAGAAAGCCAUAAUGGAAUCUGAUGAAGAAUGGUCCAUGAAUAAGAAGUUGAUUGACUUAUCUUCCAAAGAUAUUAGAAAGUCUGUGCCUAGAAGCUUGCCUUAUUUUGCCGUAGAAUUUGGCCUUCACGGGGGAUUUGCCCACGUCAUUGAAGAUCAACACAAAUUUCCUCGUUACUUUGGAAAGGAAAUCAUUGGUGGUAUGCUGGAUCUAGAGCCCAGGCUUUGGAAGAAGGGCAUCAGAGAAAGCUUUGAGGACCAGAGGAAGAAAGCAUUGCAGUUUGCUCAGUGGUGGAAACCAUUUGAUGUCACCAAAAGUAAAAGCUGUUAAGUGUACCCUGCAUGUGUUGUUUCCUCUGCUGAACUCAUUCAGUUUAUAUCUAUUAUAUUUACAAGCAACUUUGCCUUGAUCCCUAGGGAAAACAGCUGGCUACUCUAGUCACUGACAUCCAUGUUAGGUCAGACUGUUUUCUUCCACUUAGUUUGAGUGAUAGUGGAAUAAGAGCAGAUGUAUCAGGAUUAUUGGUACAAGUUCCUUUUGUAUCUAACUUCUAGCUGUUCCAGUUGUUUGCUUACCCUAGAGAAGGACUUGUCUCCAGAGGUCUAAUAAGACUUCAGUGGAAAGUGGAUCUGCUUCCAGGUAGAGUCUGGUAGCUUCUUUUGUGCUUUUUAUAGAAAAUUAGAUGUAUUUAGAACUAACAGGGUUAUUUUCAUAGUUUUAUUAAAGGGGUCUUUUUCCUUUUUUUAAAUAGUAGUGUAUAAUAUCAUCUUUGUUAAAGAAAAUGAUUAAAGAAUUAAAUGAUAAUGAAAUAUACAUAAAUGGAAAUGUGUUUUUAGUUCUGGACCUUAAAAUAACUUGAAUUUUGGUAAUCCAAAAAUAAUUGUCUUAAACAGCACAAUUCUUAAUUGUUUGGGGUUUGUGUAAAGUUAAAUUCUGUAGCCAAGUCACUGUAUUGGUUUUUAAUAUUGUCAUAAAUUUCAAAUGAUACAAAUAUCCAAGAAAUGUUCUUAAUAAAAGUGCUUAAGUUUUAUUAUUCUCAACAUCUGAUUUUGAGAAAACCUUGUGUUUAUAAAAUAUGUGUUGUAGUAAGUCUUAUUAAAACAUAUUUUCAAAAAGUCAAGCUGUGAUAUUUAUAAUAAAAAUGUUAGUGCUUGGAAUAAGAGUGAAGUUUACUCUAGAGUUAACCUAUUAUGCAUUUAUUUUAACGUCUCACUGUCACUUUUUCGGUGUAUGUUCCUUGUAUGUUAAAAGAUAGCUAUUUUUGUUCCUUUCAUAUUUUCCAAAUAAUGGUAAAGCUUACUGGUUUUGAUUUUCAGUACUUAAUACAUCAAAGUGUGUAUAUGUAUAUAUAUAGUGUAUUAUGUAUAAUAAACAGACAGUAUGAUUGUGUUUUCAAGCUAUUAGCUUUGUCUCAAGUUUUAAAUGAAUUUAAAACUUUCAUUUUUAUAAUUAGUGAGUUAAAAUGUUUGUUAAUAGUUCAAAACAUAUGAAUACUCCUGCCUUAAAUUCUACUGUAUUUAUAAUAUGUGCAUUCCAAAUGAACUCUUUUUGUCUUGGCCCCGGUUACUUAUUGAUGCACAGUCAAUUUCGCUAAACCUCAGUGGCUUCAAGUAAUAACUUAUCUUGUACCUUAUGGUUGGCACUUUUAGUGAUU